AUGCCGAAAAAAAAAAGCAGGAUCGAUGCGCAGAACGAGUUCGGCAGCCUCUUCUACGUGCCCAUUCCUCGUGACCCCGGGCCCGAGCAGCUACAAUCAGAGGAGAUCUCAGCUGCAUCCCGCGGAUAUGCAGAGCUCAUCCAGCACUGCAAGACGCUCUUUGAGGAGCGAGGUGCCAAGAAGGAGGUCUUCGAAGAGCCUGAGAGCGACGAGGAGGAGAAUGCUGAUGCCUUGCGCCAGGACACUGGCGUCGAGAACGAGAAGCAUGACCACCAAAAUCCACUUCUGAAUGCCUUCAAGCGUCAUGGCUUCAAUCUGGUGUACUUCUCGGAAGCCAUCAACGUGAUCCUGGUUGACCAAGCCUGCCAGACACACGCCCAGAAGAGAAGGGGCGUCAACGUGGCAGUGGCGCGGUACAUCUACCACAAGUUCGGGGCACCCCACUUGGAGAGGAUAGUCUCCAACCUUCGGGGCGACGUCCUCGUGUUCAAGGCAAGCCAGUGGGAUUCUGAGGAGGCCUGCAGGGCAGCUCCGUUUCCUCAAGAUGACAGCUUGCGCUUUCUGCAGAACAUGGAGAAGAAGCUUCCUGAGAAGCAGGAGGAAGACCUGCAGUUCUUGGUUGACAGGGCCGACUUGGCCUCAGUGAUGGCCAGCUGUGUCAUCUUCUUGAAGCAAAAGAACAAGCGCUCCAGCAAAGACUUCGAAGGGCACAUCGCGGAUCUCGAGAGAAAGGCGCAGCCCGAAGACUGGAGGAACAGGCUUCGGGACUCUGAUGGGCCGGACUAUUUGAUCAACUAUGUGAAGUACAAGUUCGCCUUGUCCUGGAGACACAAGCAGGGCAUUGCCAUCAAGGCGCUGCCAAGUGACAGUUCCAAAUUGCGCUUGACCUUUGCUACGGGGCUGGUGAACCUCGACCUGAACCCCAUCUUCGGCAUCUUUGAGAGGAAGAAGGAUGAAGGCGAUGGCGAGGACUGCUACGACUGCCUGAGCCGAACCGGAGGUACGUCUUCCAACGCUGGGAGACCAUCCCGCAUGAGCGCGACCCACCUGAAGCCUUGGAUUUGCUGA